UUCUGACUGGGUGGUUUCACAUGGAACGGAGGCAUUUGAGUGGAGCCACACAUGCCUGAGCAGUGAGAGGCCCAACUCCCCUUGGCUGGCUGGCAUCCCAGAGGCACAGGCACAGAGGGUUUAGUGAGUAGGGGAGACACGAUAAGUUUAAAGGGACUAAAGGGGAUCCUGGUGGUUCUUUUUCAAAGGGUGUAUUUUUAUCUGCAGAGGGAGCGUGAGCCGUUUGUUUUUUGACAGCUAUGGCGGAUACAGGGGUCCAAAAGGAGCAGGCAACUCUGGCAGAGGUGCCCUACGAUGACGACGAUGUUGCCCUGGUAGGCGCCGCGGCGGAGCCGGCGAUGGAUGGCGGCAACCCCAUCGAGAACGUCAAGAGCGAAGCGCAGAUGAACGGCGUAAUGGUCCUGGCUCUACUCGACAAGAUCAUCGGCGUGGUGGACCAGAUCCAGCAGACCCAGACGGGGCUGGAAGUGCGUCAAGAGGCCAUGGAGAAGUCGGUGUCUACCAUCCAGGAUGAGCUUUCCAAGCUGUCCAAGAGCCACCUGGGCACGUCCACCACCGUCGCCAAGAUGCUAGACAAGGUCCGCAAAGUCAACGUCAACGUCAAGACGGUGCGCGGUAACCUGGAGAAGCAGGCGGGCCAGAUUAAGAAGCUGGACAGCAACGAGAGCGAACUUCUCAAGAGACGCAACUUCAAAGUCCUCAUCUUCCAGGACCAAAUGAAGGCGGCAAAGAAAACCAAGCCGGAAGUGGUUUCUGAGGACGGGACGACGGUGGGUCUCCCUGAGGAGGGCUGCGAGGGCCAGCCGGGUAACCUCAACUCGGACGAGGAGGUGGAGAUCGAGGAAAUCGUGGAGGAAUCCCGAACCAAGCGCUUGCAGCGCUCCACCAAGAGGCAAGUGGACAACAUCAAGAAGGUCUUCUCCAAGGAAGAGAUGGAGAAGACCAAGCUGAAGACCAAGGAGAAUCUGGAGAAAACCAAGCAAAGGACCCGUGAGAAUCUGGAGAAGACCAGGAAGAAAACUCGUGACAACCUGGAGAAGACCAAACACAGCCUGGAAAAAAAGAUGAGCAAACUGGGCACCCGCAUGACCCCCAAGGUGGAGCGCCGGGUCAAGAUGAAGAGCUCCAAGGAGAAAGUGAAGAAGUCCCUCUCGCCCGACCACACCGUCUACGCCCGCUCCAAGACCAGCGUCUACCGCGUGCCCCCCUUCACCUUCCACGUCAAGAAGAUCCGCCAGGGCGUGGAGGAGGUACCCUCCGCCAUGGCCGAGGAGACGGAGGCGGGAGGCCUGUCCGAGGGCGAGGAGAACGGGCUGGGCAUGCACGUGGAUGUGGAGGAGGGGCAGCUAGUAAGCGUAGACAGCCCGGAGAUGGAGGCCAUGCUGAAGGACCCUCCGCUGGUCAGGGUGGAAGCGGACCACCUAGAGAAGACCCAGCAUGAGUAGAGAGUCCAUCCCGAUAUAUAAGGCAGAGAAAAGGCGGAAUCUCCAUGAGGACACAUCAGUAGCCAUGAGGACUCGAUGCAAAUAUUCACAUCUGUUCCAUUUUUUUUUAACCAAAAGCUUUUCAUACUCACUUCCCUUUUCCACAUUGCACGGAAAACUAAGCUACGCUAACAGGCUAAUAGGCUAAUAGGCUCCCCCUUUUUACACAGGACCGGUUUGUGCUUUUUCGCUUGUUGUUUUGAUGAAUGCGAGUACCAGCUAGGAAGAGAAAAAAAGCUAUAAAUAUUCAUCGCUGUUGUGAUGUAUAGUUGAAUAUUUGCCCAUGUACAGCAUGCACACGAGAGUCGCGAGGGUACCGGGAAGUCGUUUGGAAGGUUUCAGGGUAGGUGUCGGGGUGUUCCUGUGGUCAAAAGUGGGGGAAAAUAAACAUUUGCCUUGAGAUUCUCACAAGAAAAAAGACAGAAAUAUUACAACUUCACAUUCUGGAGAAGCAUUAAUCUUGAGUGUUAUUUUCAAUGGCGCAGUUACUCUGGAGACGUUUGUGUAUGACCUCGAUCAUGUUGUGUUGCGGUUGUUCUCAAGGCCACAGGAGGUCGUCCAAUCAAUGCUGCAGAAUUCAAUUAAGGAGUGCUCCCUUCGAAGCUGGCAGCGGGCAGAGUGGAGCACAGAACAAUACAGCAAGAACAAUGAAAAAUAAAGUGUGUGUGUGUGCGUGUGCUUGUGUUAUUGUUCCUGCAAUAGACUCUGUGGCAAUUUAAUUGCAGGAUAAGGAAGAAAUGCAGCAGGGUCAGAAAAUUCAGUUUUUAUGCAUUGCAGUAUUGAAGUAAUCCGUUGCUGGUGUGUGUAUGUUUUGUGACUCAAGCAUUGAUUAAUGUGUAAAAGUUAGUAUUAUAUGAAGGAAAUACACAAAGUGCUGGAAGUAUUGUACUCUAAAUACUUUUUCUGAGUGCAUGAUGGUAUUGGGGAGUUCCCCAUACCUGGUUAAACAUGAAAACUGCAACAAGACUGGAUUCGUAUUGUUCAAUAUGUUACAUUGGAAUAAUAAAGUGUGCAUAUUUUUCUCA